UGUUUUUAAAUUCUCGUAGAGUAGAAAUUUUGUUGCAGUUCUAAAUACGUUUUUUUGGUUUGGUUCAACGUAUCCCGAUUCGGUUUCUGUAUUUGUAUUUCGCGCCAAAUGCGUGCUAGUAAUUUAUCGCAAUACAACCGUGUGUGUGUAUAACAGCAAGAUAGCACACGUCGAAGUUAACCAACACUGAAAAGAAGCUGCUGCAAACAGCAAAAACAAAAAAAAACCAGCAACAACAGCAACAAACACAACAACAACAACGCGUUCUUGUGCUUGCCUGCGAGCGUGUGUGUGUGUGUGUGUGUGAGAUUGGAAGACAAUGGCUGCGGCUGCGGAAGGUGUUGUUCCUACCCUUGCAAUUCGCUCUAGCGUGGCUGUUGAGCUGUGGUCAUCGGGUGGCUCCAAGUUGCCAUAUGAGCACAAACCCAAUUUGCCGCGAGAGGAGACGAAAAAUUCCAGAUCGAUUUGCUUUAGUCCCGAUGGCCGUUAUUUUGCGUUUUCAAAUGGCCUGGUGGUGAAAGUGCUGGAAGCAGGGAAGGAUCAGAAUGGAACAUGGCCUAUACAGUGCCAAUUGCCACGUCCCAAGGCAUUCUAUUUGAAAUUCUCGCCACGUGGCAAUUAUCUAUGCACCUGGGAGCAUUAUGCUAUAACUAAGGAUCGUCCAGAAGGAGCGCCAAAUCUACUUGUUUACGAUGUGGCCACCGGGAAUGAAGUUUUUGCCAUUGUGCAAAAAAAUCAAACUGAUUGGGAACCAUCAUGGUCAUCAGACGAAUCGAUAUUCGCUAUGGUCGUUGGUGGUGAAGCUUUAUUCUAUGAUUUGGGUCCCGAUGCAAUUAAAGGAUUUGCCUCAACAACAAGGACAAUUGGCGGCAGCCGUGGCGGUAUGCUAUCCCUGGGUCCAGGACAUUGUCCACCAUUUCUAGCCUUCUAUACGCCCGGUGCCAAGGGUGCUCCCUCCAUGUGCAAAUUGUACAAAUAUCCCGCCUUGGGUCAAAAUCAAACCGUGGCCUGCAAAAGUUUCUUCCAAGCGGAUCGUGUCGAAAUGUUAUGGAAUAAACGAGGCACUGGCCUCCUUUUGCUUACCAGCACCGAGGUAGAUAAGACUGGCGCCUCAUACUAUGGAAAUCAAGCCGUUCAUUUUAUGGCCACCAAAGGUGACACCUGUUCGGUGCCAUUAUCCAAAGAGGGGCCCGUCCAUUCGGUUAAAUGGAGUCCCAAGGCCAAUGAAUUUGUCGUCGUUUAUGGUUAUAUGCCCUCAAAGGCCGCCCUAUAUAAUCUCAAGUGUGAUGUCGUCUUCGAUUUCGGUGAGGGUCCGCGUAAUUGUGCCUAUUUCAAUCCAUUCGGUAAUCUAAUUGUCUUGGCUGGAUUUGGUAAUUUGCCCGGAGCUGUCGAAGUCUGGGAUGUGUCUAAGCGUGAGAAAUUGGCCAAUCUAAAAUGUGCUGAUACAACGUUCUUUGAAUGGCAUCCGAAUGGUGAAUGGUUUGUUACCGCAACCACUGCCCCAAGAUUAAGGAUUAGCAAUGGGUUCAAGGUUUAUCAUUAUUCGGGAGCAUUGCUUCAUGAGACAAUGUGGCCGACUGGUCAGGAACUGCUUGGUAUUGAAUGGCAACAAUAUCCUGAUAAUACAUUUACGGAACCGAAAAUUACCAAGGCGAAGCAUGAGGGUAUUAAAUCAAGUCAACCGGAGGCAAGCAAAAAGGCCUACACACCGCCCCAUCUGCGCCUGUUGAAGGAGGGCAAGAAUCCGGAGAAAUAUUUGCCGCAGCCCAGCAUUCCCGGAUUAACGCUGACAACCGGCGGCGGAGCAGGUGGCGCCAAUAAUAAGAGCAAAAACAAGCAACAGAAACGCAAUAGAAGGGAUGUUGUGAAUAAUGUUAAUAAUGGUGGCGGUGUCGCUGCCUCAGAUGCCGCACCGCCAACAGGGGAAGAUCAAUCACUGCAGCAGCAGCAGCAACAGCAACAGGCGGCUCCAUUCAACAAGUCGAGACAGCAGCAAUAUCAUCAGGCCAGACAACAUCAGACCGAGAAUGCAGCCGAUCAGCAGCAGCAGCAACGGAAUCACAACCAUCAUCAGCAGCAGCAUCCCCAGGCCAAUGGCCAGAAUAUCAGCGAAAAGGAUCGCAAAAUUCGUAGCGUGGCCAAGAAGCUAUCUGACAUUAAGAAGCUAAAGGCCCGACAAGGUCAGGGCGAAACCCUGGAAUUAAAUCAAUUGAAUAAAAUUGAAAUGGAAGCAAGGUACCUGGAUGAGCUCAAGGCUCUGAAGUUGUCCGCCUAAAACAAACAGCAAUAACAAAAUAUUUGCUAAAAAACAACAACAAAAACGAAAAACAUUUUGAAAAGAAAAGAGAAAAAGCAAGGAAAUUGAAGGGAAAAUAAGUUUAAAAAACAGAGAGAGAACGUGAGAGAGUGAGAGAUAUGCGAAUGGGAAACCAAAUGUGUGAUACAAGGAUUUAAAAGACGAGAUGAACAUAGCAAACAAAAAGUCAAAAGGAAAAGUAGAAAAACCUCUAUGAACCUAACAACUUUUCCUUUCCCCUCCCCCUCUUAAAAGAAAGAAAAAAGCCCUUCCCCGCAUCAAACUCUACAUAGGAUACGUGUACACUAUCUCAUCAUUCAAAACUCUCUCCCUCCCCCCGCCCAAAAGAAAACUCUCUCCUGCUGUUUAACGCUCAUUUCGCGAUAUAUCGCAAAAACAAGUUUCUAGUUAAAAACAUUUUUCUACUAUUGUGAUUUCUUAAUAGUUAUAUAUUUUGGCAAAAAAAAACAAACAAAUACAAGAAGAAACCAACUGAAAGCAGACCAACAAAAACCACAAACAUCAAACUCCAAGAUAACAGAUAACAACAAAUUUAUGUACCAAAUUGUUCUACCAAGUAAAUAAAGAAUGUUUCCAUAAGAA